AUUUUGUUGGCCUUUUUUUUUCCGUUGCGUUGCGUUUCGGUCUCCCGAGUCUAACGGAUUCCCCCCCCCCCCCCACCACCGCCAGCGGAGAACAGGAUGACAGCCGAGAGUCCGGCCGCGGCCCCGAUCGCGGAAGAGCUGCGCAGGAUCACCGAGCUCCGGGUGGUGGACCUGAAAGCGCAGCUGAGGAAGAGGAACCUCGACACCGGCGGCAACAAGAGCGUGUUGGUGGAGCGGCUCCGCAAGGCAAUAGAAGAAGAAGGAGGGAAUCCUGAUGAAAUUCUAGUGGCAUCAGAGACUCCAGGGCGGAAAACUCCAAAACGAAUAGGAAAAGGGCGCAAAGCAGAGGAUGAUGGAACAGAUGAUGGUCUGGAAGAGGAUUCAGGAGAUGGACAGGAGGAUAUUGAAGCCAGUGUUGACCAGUUGCAGGAUAUUUCAGCGCUGGAUGUGAACUUUGCGAACGAAACGGACCUUGAGGGUGCGGUGGCAGAGUGUACUGAUGAAAAUGAGAUUGAACAAAUUACAGCAUCUCUAACCAAGAAUAUUGAACGCAUAGCACUACCUGUAGAGUUGCCUUUGGAGAUGGGCACAGAAGAACGUAUGGAGUCAGCUCUGAUAGCCACAGAUCUUCCAAAUGAAAUUGACGAAUCACUCAAUGAAUCGACAGAGGACACUAAGAGGCCUUGUACUACAGAGGAGGAAUCCAUCAUCGUUAAAAAAGCAACUGAAGGCGUGUUUGAAGAUUCAGAAAAAGAGAAUGUAGCCGAGAGUUCGGGUGGAGCUUGUAGUUCAGUCCCAAUCGAGGAAGAGGCCCCUGAAGAUGCGCAGCUCUCCUCGCGAGAAGUGAAUGAUACGGGCACCUACCAAAAAGAAGAGGAAGAUGACAACCUCUCGGUCACCGUGCAAGCGGAGGACGCCCUAACACUGGAACUGGACAACGAUUUGAUUCUGGACGCCCUUAAGAGGGAAACCAAACCAUCUGAGAACCAAUCCGAGAAACCCGCCAAUCAAGCAGCGCCAAGUGGCAAUAAGUGUGAGACUGAAGCGAGCGCGGCAGAAACUGUCAGUGAAGUGGAAAGCAGACAACAGAGUCGAGAGUUAGAAGGGGCAGGCUUCGAGGGCGCGGAGAAAGAACCGCAGUCAGGAACUGAGGAAAGCAAAGAUGAAACUAUGAAAGCAGAAGAUGAAGAUGAUUCUAAUGAAGCAGCUAAGAAAGAGCCCUCGAUUGUAGAGGGCAGUGAUCAGAACAAGAGCUCUGUCAAGGAUGGAAAAGAUACUAAAGGUGCGGUGAAGGAUGAGAAAGGUCGACUUGUCGCUGCUUUAGACACUACAGGCAAGAAUCUUUGGGUGAGCGGACUGUCCUCUGCCACCAGAGCUACCGACUUGAAGAACCUCUUCAGUAAAUAUGGCAAGGUUGUUGGUGCCAAAGUGGUGACUAACGCCCGUAGUCCAGGAGCACGCUGCUAUGGGUUUGUAACCAUGUCGACUAGUGAGGAGGCAACAAAGUGCAUCAGUAAUCUGCACAGAACAGAGCUACAUGGACGAAUGAUCUCAGUGGAGAAGGCGAAAAAUGAGCCUUCGGGUAAGAAACCAACAGAUAAGAAAGAAGAUUCAAAAAAAGAUCCCAAAUCCGCUUGCAAUCGAGAAGCCAGCGUUGAUCGGCGCCAUUCUGCGGACUCCAAAACUGACAAAAAUGUCGGUGCAAAGAAAGAUGGCAAAGAGGAGGCCAAGAAACUGGAGGAUAAAAAGAAAGACGCAAAGGAUGACAAAAAAGAUCUGAAAAAGGAUGAGCGGAAAACUGGAUCUCACACGGGUGGAAGCCGAGCGGGAAGUCGGGGUUCGGAGAGAAUAGUAGUCAUGGACAAGUCUAAAGGAGAACCAGUGAUUAGUGUGAAAACAAAGUCUAAAGACGAGGCACCGCAACCUGCCAAAACUCAAGAGAGCAAACCAGACAACAAAGAGAAGGAGAAAAAAGACAUUCUGUCAUUUGACAAGAUCAAAGAGCAGCGGGAGAGAGAACGCCAGCGGCAACGUGAACGGGAGAUUCGGGAAAUAGAAAGACGCAGGGAACGUGAGAAGUGGGAGAGGGAGCGUAUGAGAGAGCGCGAGGAGCGAGAACUGCUCCAGAGAGAGCGUGAACGACUAGAGGUUGAGAGAAAGCGUCUUGAGAGGGAAAGGUUGGAACGAGAGAAACUGGAGAGGGAGAGAAUCCGAAUAGAACAGGAGAGACGGCGAGAGCAGGAGCGAAUCAACAGAGAGAGAGAAGAGUUACGACGGCAGCAUGAACAAAUGCGAUAUGAACACGAGCGUCGCGGUGGCUUAAAAAGGCCUUACGAUGAUAAUAGGAGAGAUGAUCAAUACUGGCCUGAUCAGAAACGCAUGGCCAUGGACAGCGAUGCCCGGUACAGCAGCCAUGGUUCAGAGUUUAGUCGUCCAGAUCGGUUCAAUGAUUUUGAUCACAGGGAUCGGGGCAGGUUCCCAGACAUGCCUUCUGUGCCAGGGGAGAGACGGAUGGAUCGGUGUGAGAGGAGGGACGGUGGCCCACCACGCAGAGACGAGCCACACUUUGGAGGGAGAUUUGAAAAGAGACCUGAAGGAAUGCACGACCGAAGAGGUGGGAGCCGGGGUCGGGACAUGAUGAUGAAACCCGGCAGAGAACACGACAGACAACUUGAUCACGGCUCCCAUCGCAAUCACAGUCCUCGACACGAAUCUCCGCGGAGAGGACCGCCACGUGGGGACUGGAAAGCUGAUCGGAUUCCAGAACGACGUGAUGUCGGUUCCAGAGCAAUAAUUGGUGAACGAGAUGGACAGCAUUACCCUGAUGUGAGACACGGAGGGCCCGAUCGGCACGGCCGGGAUUCAGGAUCACAGCGGGAAGCUUGGGGCGGCUCCGGGGGUGGCUAUGCACCUGACAUAAAACGAAUGGGUGGAGACAGCAGAGCGGGAGUUGUUCCUCAACAGUCCAGGGAGAACAGGGAUUGGGCCGGUGACCAUGGGCGUAAGAUAGACGGUCCUCAAGAGCGUCCCUGGCAGGGUGGCAUGGACGGAGGAGGAAUGAUGGGAAGAGAUCAUGACCGCUGGCAAGGGGGUGACAGGAGCAUUCCUGCCCAGUCUGGACAAGGGCACAUGAUGCAGCGAGGAGGAGGCAUGCCUGGGCAUGGAGGCUUUAUGCAAGGAGGAAACCAACAGAGCAGCAUUCCGCCGGUCAACCGAUCAGUCCAGAUGAUGCCUGGAGGUGGGAUGCAAGGAGGAGCAAGUGGUUUUGGCAACCAGGACCGAGUACAGAGACCUUCCACUGACCCACGCUUCCAGCGUCGCUACUAAACGUGCUUUUUACAGAGUUGAUUUUAAUGUAAAGGAAGUCUUCAAUGGUGGUGCUUAGUGCUAAUUGCAGUACCAUGUUUUGUGUAUUUUGUUUGUUUACUCCCCUCUGAAACUUCAUCAGAAUUAUUUUGGAAUUAAUCAUUUCACGGUUACUUUAUUGUUAAAGUACUUGUAAUGAGACUAGACUCGGAUGAAGAGUCACUUCGGUUUUCCAUAAAUAAAAUUUUAAAACAAA